AUGAUCUCCGCGACCCCGGCAGAGGCGAGCCGCGAUUCCAAGACAAGUACUUCUCGUCCUGUCGGAACCAGUACGGGUAAAACAGUGACCCCAUAUAUGCUCUGCCGUCAGGACUUCGAGCGCGCGCAUCCAGGAGUCGACAAGAAGCGCAUGACCGUGUUAUUCAAGGCACACUGGAAGCAGAUAGGCAAGAAUGAGCGAGAAGAGUGGCAGAAGCGGGCGCGUUUGGCGAACGAGUCGCAUGUUCAGGUACGUCGUAUUUCGUCUUCCGUGGCAGUGUUGUCUCACCGCUUUUCGUAG